ACCUGCAAUAACUCACACGUUUGCGCAUGCUCAGCAGGACCAUCCGGGGGGUCCGUCUAAGUGGUGGAAGUGCCACGCCGAACAGUUUUUGUUGUCUUGUUUUUGUUUUUGUUUCUCUCCGGUAAAAACGAUGGCCGGCACCGCACUGAAGAGGCUCAUGGCCGAAUAUAAACAGCUGACGUUGAACCCGCCUGAAGGCAUUGUCGCAGGUCCGGCCAACGAGGAGAACUUCUUUGAGUGGGAGGCGCUCAUCAUGGGUCCUGAAGACACGUGUUUCGAAGGCGGAGUGUUCCCCGCCGUCCUCAGCUUCCCCUCCGAUUAUCCCCUCAGUCCUCCCAAGAUGAGGUUCACCUGCGACAUGUUUCACCCCAACAUCUAUCCUGACGGACGGGUGUGCAUCUCCAUCCUCCACGCCCCGGGGGACGAUCCCAUGGGUUAUGAGAGCAGCGCAGAGAGGUGGAGUCCAGUCCAGAGCGUGGAGAAGAUCCUGCUCUCCGUGGUCAGCAUGCUAGCAGAGCCCAACGAUGAGAGCGGCGCCAACGUCGAUGCCUCAAAAAUGUGGCGGGAGGACAGAGAGCAGUUCAACAAACUGGCUCAGAAGAUCGUCCGCAAGUCUCUGGGUUUGUGAGGACGACGUCCCGUCGGUGAGAGACUGUCACCAUGGAAACCACCAGCACGCCGAGGCGCAGACAUGAACAGACUGAUGGGAGGAUGCUCGUCAGGGCGCAACAGCAGCCGUACAUCGCAUGUCUUCUUACCUCCUCCACUUAACUCCUCCCCCUAGACUCUUGCUUUAGUGGUCACCGCGGCGUUGGACUUCUUUGGACUUUAUAGACUGUCUUCGUGAUGCAGGAUCCUCACGAUACGCAGUUGGGUUUUCACAGCCGGGCCGUCAGCUCUGCUGCGACGUUUCUGUGGAUUUGUCUGAUUUCACAAAUAGUUCAAUAAAGGCAGUGAAAGAGCGA